UUUGAACCUAAUUUCACUUAAUACAUUUUGUGUUGUCAUUGCUAUAUCAAAUUUGAGACUACAUUAGCAGAAAAAUGGCUCUUUUAAGCGCUUCUCAACCCAAUUACCCUGAUUAUUCUACACAGGGAAUUACCAAACAUCAUUUUAGUCCUUACGCCGAUAACGGAGGGAGUAUUGUAGCAAUUGGGGGUGAUGGAUUUGUAGUAAUUGGUGCCGAUACUCGUCUCAGCACCGGUUUUUCAAUUUACACCCGAGAUCAAAACAAAAUCUUUAAAUUAACCAAUCAAACCGUUCUUGGAUGUGCCGGAUGUUGGUGUGAUACAUUAACUUUAACUAGAAUCUUGAAAGCUCGCAUGCAAAUGUACGAACAAGAACAUAACAAAACCAUGUCAACCACAGCUGCAGCUCAAAUGCUUUCAACCAUGCUGUAUUACAAAAGAUUCUUUCCGUAUUACAUUUCAAACAUUCUUUGUGGUUUAGAUUCUGAUGGUAAAGGUUGUGUGUACAGCUAUGAUCCAAUAGGGCAUUGUGAAAGAACCACCUAUCGUGCUGGAGGCUCUUCUGGAGCUUUACUUCAGCCAUUAUUGGAUAAUCAAAUUGGAUUUAAAAAUAUGGAAAAUGUUACUAAUAAGGAAAUUACAUUGGAAAGAGCUCUUUCUGUAAUUAAAGAUGUCUUUAUUUCUGCUGCAGAAAGAGAUAUUUAUACUGGGGAUAGUAUCAUAAUUAAUGUUAUCACUAAAGAUGGGGUUAAAGAAGAUAAAUUUGAGCUUAGAAAGGAUUAAAUCUUAAUUUUUGGUGUUUUUUUUUAAUAUGUAUUAAAUAAAGUUCUUUUUUUUUUU